AUGGGCUACUACAGUAGAUUCUCUAUGAAUCAUAACAAAGCACCAAUUUCUCAAAAUUGUUUAAAAACGCUAUCAAUGGGAUUCUCCAAUGGACUUAAAACGUCUAACCCAUUUUAUAGUCCGAUGAUCCCUUGAGAUUGCAAACAGGACUGCUCUCGCUCCUCAACUACCCAAAGCUUGCAUGUUGCUUUCGUUUCUCCAUGUACAGUUGCAACGUCAAAAUUCAACUUAGACCCAAUAAACCAAAAAUGGAACUCAACCACCACCAUUGCCGUAAUCAUCACCAACCCAACUCUGCAAAUCAUGGAGUCAUCAUGCACGCGCCUGAGGCUCCCACACUGGCUUCAUCACUCACACAUUACCCGUGAGUCCGGUCUUAGCAUUUUGUGCUCUAGCUGAGCUUACGCCAAUGAUAUUCAACACGCCCAUGUGCUUUUUUCUCAGAUUGAAAAAAAAAAACCCAUUACUUAUAUGUGGAAAACUAUGAUCAUAGGCUACUGUAAAGCCAAAUAUUCUCAUCGUGGGGUUUUCCUAUUUUCGUCAAAUGAUUCGAGAAAACGCAUCGAAAUGGAGCUUCGUUUUUGCGCCCUAGGCGUGCGAACCUUUUUUGUGUAGUUUUUAGAGGGGGAAUCAGUUCAUUGUUGGGUUCGGACCUUUGAGGAUGGGUUUUUUAAUAAGGAUUUGUUAGGACGAAUUGGGUUGAAUUUUGCACGUGAAGUGUUUGAUCAAAGUUUUGUGAGAGGGUAGUUCCAGGUUAGGUAGGCCAUCAUUUUCUGGGGAAAGUUUCGGUGGUGUAAUAACAGUAAGAAACUCAAAAAACAAUGAACGUCCCUUUUGAGAGAGACAGAGAGCGUCAUUUUGGUCUUGGACAAGCCACCCUUGACGAAGCUGAGUCUGAUAUUGAAGAGGAUUCCAUUGUUAAUGGGUUUGCUUCUAUAACUCUAUCCAGAGAAGAUUUAGCAAGGAUUAGAGCCCCUUGGGCCUCAUCUUUGAUAAUCAAAACCUUGGGCAGAAGUGUGGGGUUCAUGUUCCUGUCUUCAAAGAUUAGAGUUAUGUGGAAUCCUUCAGGUAGGCUAGACUGCAUAGAUUUGGGUCAUGAUUUUUUUCUCAUUAAAUUGGAGCUUCAAGAAGAUGUUGAUAAGGUGCUAAAAGGGGUUCCAUGGUUUGUGAGUCAGCACUUCCUAGCUAUUCGUCAAUGGGAGCCUUAUUUUAAGGCUUCAGCUGCCGCUUUCUCAAGUGUUGCGGUUUGGAUUCGUCUCCCUGAAUUGCCAAUUGAGUAUUACGAGCCUGAGGCUUUGAAAGAGAUUGGAGCGGCCAUAGGUCAUGUUUUACGUAUUGACGCUCAUACUGUUAAUGGACCUAGGAGGAGAUUUGCCAGGUUAUGUGUCCAAGUGAAUUUGGAGCAACCGUUGAUCAAAACGAUUAUGAUAGGAAAGUUUGCUCAAUCAGUUAUGUAUGAAGGGCUUAAUGCUCUAUGCUUCUCCUGUGGCAGAGUCGGGCAUAAAAAGGACGUGUGUCCCUAUCUAAUCAGGGCACCUCCUUCACCUCGUACCCAGAAAAAUACACCCUCUCAGGUUGACUCAGUGCCAUCAGUGGAUCAACAGGGUGAUCAAAAGGAGUAUGAACCUUACGGGCAGUGGAUGGUUGCCACGCAGUGUAAGAAACCCCGAAAGCUUAGUCCAAAGGUUCAACUAGGCGGGAAAAUUCGAGUUACUGAUGUUCAGGUAACAACCUCAUCUGAGGGUGUUGAAGCUUCUACAAAAGAAUGGGUAGCGGUUGCUUGGCAAAAACCACCUCCUGGUUGGGUAAAACUUAAUACGGACGGAUCUUCUUUUGGGAAUCCAGGUCAGUCUGGUGGAGGGGGUCUUCUGAGAGAUGCUGAGGGAAGAUGGAUCAUAGGCUUUGCUGGAAAUUAUGGGAAUCUAAACAGUAUAAUGGCUGAGCUAUGGGCCCUUAGAGAUGGUUUACUUCUAGCUAAAGACCAGGAAAUUGAAAACUUGAUAGUGGAAAUUGAUGCUUUAGCUGUUGUUCAUCUUAUGCACAACUCCACUGUUAAUCAUUCACUUGAGCCUUUGCUCACUGAAUGCAGGAACCUUUUGAAGACUUUUUCCAAUAUGCAAAUUGAGCAUACUUUUCGGGAAGCCAACCGUUGUGCUGAUGCAUUGUCUAAGCUUGGGAACAGUAGUGAUGUUGUUUAUGGUUUAUUCCAAUCUCCACCAUCUGUGGUGGAGCAACUAGUAACCCUUGAUAAGAAGGGAGUAGCUUGUAAUAGACUUGUGUCUCUUAAUUAAUGUUAUGCUUCUAUUUCACCAAAAAAAUGAAGUUUUGUGAGAGAUG